AUGGCAAUGAGCGACAACGACAGCUUGCUAGGCCUGGAGCGUUCCAACUUUGCACGUUUCAUCCAUGAUGGUCCAGAGAUCAGCGCCCUGCGUUUGUUGGCGCUGCCACACAGCCAUGACUUCUCAGAGGGGCCGCCACCCAAUGAGUUGGUGAAUCAGAUACGGCGACUUCGGUGUCCAGUGAUGCUUUGUUUGGCCUCACUGCUACUAUCUCUCAUCACACAAGCUUGGUGUGCAGUAGAUGGCUGGAAUGUUUAUGGAGGAGGUUUGGAUGUUCCUGCACAAUGCAAGACCCUGAAGUAUUGGCUCAGUGCCUACUUGGCCUCCACCUUGCUCCCCUUGACCACCUCCUUAGUCUUAGCCUUGCCCUUGGGCGUCAUCGCUAUGGCGACAGGGAUCCUGGUGCGUGCGAUGACCCCGGCGAGUUGUGAAGAAGAGGCUUCGAGCCUAUGGCAAUUUAUCAACGAGGUCAGUGUCAAGGGCCUGGUAUGCCUAGUGGCUUUGACCAUCAUCUUGGGCGUCACCAGUAGCAGCAUCUUCCCAACUCUGCGCGACAUCGAAGAUCGCUGGGGUGUCUCCGGGAGCGCCAUGACUGAGGUCAUCGAAUCCAUCCAAAGCAGCGGAGACGUGGACGUGCCCGACGGUACAGAAUGCGCUAUUUGCUUGGGCAACAGCUGCAGCGAAUCGGGUCAGCGAGAAAGCUGGAGAUCGCUUCCCUGCCAACAUCAUUUUCACAAGGACUGUUUGCUCGAGUGGUUGGCACGUAAGAUGCGGUGCCCCUUGUGUCGUAUGGACCUCCACUGGGCGUAUCACAGUCAGGCUGCAUCCGUCGUGUGA